AAUACGAGUACGAGAACUAUUUAUCGCCAGGAAUACAUAAAAAACAAAAAACAACCCUGUUGACCGGCACAGCUGAUUAGCAGAUUUCGCAUUUUGUUGAUAAUUUUUGUAUUUUCUCGCAAUUUGGAAUUAAUUUGUAGUCACAUUUUUAGUAACCAAAAUGACUGCUGUGCCACCACCCUCGAAUGUAUCUACUUUGCUACCACUGGAAUUGGUGGACAAAUGCAUUGGUUCCCGCAUACACAUCAUUAUGAAGAACGACAAAGAAAUGGUUGGUACUUUAUUGGGCUUUGAUGAUUUUGUAAACAUGUUGCUAGAUGAUGUGACGGAAUAUGAAAACACUCCAGAAGGCCGUCGUAUAACCAAACUCGACCAAAUACUACUCAAUGGCAAUAACAUAACAAUGUUAGUCCCUGGCGGCGAUAUACCAGAAUAAAAUUAUGGAGAGCAAAAUGAAAACAAGCUAACAUUUGUUUAACUUUAAAACUAAGUCUUAUUGAAUACAUUUAAUAGCCAUUUACAUACAUAUGUUUGUAUACUUA